CUCUCUACUGUCACCUGCUGCCUGCUGUCAAAAAAUUUGACAGUAAUCAAUCAAUCCUCCUAGAGAAGACAGUUUGUUUCAUUUUCAUUAAUAGUUUCUUACAAAUUUUUCAAUAUGCUUGUUUUAAAAAGUUGUUUUUCUACAAUUGUUGACAAUUUAUGCAAGAUUUGGAUAUUAAGUGAAGCCUAUUCCUAGACGUGUCUACGUUUGGAUUCUAGAUCAAUUCUCAACCGACCGAGUAGUUUACUUGAUUGGUUGCUUAGUUUAAGAACUUCUACAUCCUGUUUACUUAUUUUGGAACGUUAUCUACCAAAUCGAGAAUAUGGCUACCAAGGACCGUUCUCUAGGAUCAGGCAUCUCCAUCCCACAAUGGAUGAAGACCAAGAGUAGCAAAUUCGACUUAGACCCAAGUACUUUUUCACCAACUGAACUGGACGACAGCUUCAUGUUGUACUACAGAAGACCGAAACCGGAAUCGAACUUUUCCACCACCACCACCAUAACAACCACUAAUCUACCUGAAAACAUCACGGUGGCAACAGUGACAAAGAAAAAGCAAGAUUUCUCGCAACAUCCAGUCCCUUGCCAAAAAUAUCUGCGAAGCGGUCAAGACGUACCACCUCAAACGAGCUCAGAAAUGAAAAUCAAAUCGCCCGGUACUGACGACGGAUUCAAAGGAGAAGCGGCCAAAUGCGGUUCUUCCAUAAUCAAGGUGGCGUCGCAGAUGAUUUCCAACCAAGGUCUGGGCCUACGAACCUGUUAUCCGGUGGAGCCCAUGGAGGAGAAAUACGACGGCACAAGGCGACGCAACAGCAAGUCUUUACCGGCUUCACCUCUUACUUCUCCCGGAAGCAGUCCUAAAGCCCACAGAAGGGUCAAUAAGUAUUUCACUGGGGCAUUUACGGAUGUGGACAAAUCUAAAGGUAGUUGGAUAUUGUCGAAUCUAUACGCCAAACGAGAAAUCUCCCAAUCAGUUGGUCAAAUAAAAGAAGAAGGCAAAGAAGAUCUCGAACGCACCUCCUCAGCAGUGAGUCUCAGCGAACAGCAACAACAGCCAAUCAAGACAACUCCACCUGUCUUUCGAGCCAAACCAUCAGAAUUAAGAGAAAUGAAUUUUUGGUCUCCGACAUCUAUGUAAUUUAUAGUUUAUCUUCACAGUUAAGGUAUUAUAUUACUUAAGGUUUAGAAGAAGAAUCAAUAAGUGUAAUGACUGUUUCGUUUUAAGUAAACCUAGCACUACCGAGACCGAACUUUUUAAAUUUCUACAAAAUUAAAAAAAAAUGGACAUUUUUAAAAAAGAUUGAAACAAUUUGUAUCCUUCUAAUGAAUUAUUUCAUUCAAUCUUCGUGUUUAAAUGUUAAUAAAUGUUAAAAAUGUCAAUAAAUGUCAAAUCCAAAUAGAGUAUUCCAACAUGCUGUCAAAAUUAAAUCAAUCUGACAGCCGGGAGGCAAACAUAAAUGUUAUUCUAUCAGUUCUUAAUGUGUUUUAGAUCAUUUUAGUUGCGUUUCUUUGUAAUUUUGUUUUGUACAAGGAUUAAUUUAACAUUCUCAUUAAAAUAAUUAAUCGAAAAAGAUAAUACACCUCAUUUCUGUUGUGGAAUGCUAAGUAUGUUCAGUUUUAUCGGUUACCAUCAGUAUGUACUACAUUUUAAGCAUAAAACAACUAAAUAAGUUAUCAUCUGAGACACAAAAACAUAACACGCCUAAAUAAGAUAUUAUCCGAGAGACAACAAUGGUUAAAUGCUCUAAAACGUCCUAUAAAAAUACUAAAAAAACUAACUAUGUCCAUGUUACUUACGCUUGGAAAACGUCUAAACUGUAUAGGUGUGGAUCUCGCGUAUUAAAAAAAGUUGAUUAAUAGCAAGCUGAAAAUUUGUUAAUAGCUUAAGGGUGUCUAGUCGGAUAAACUUUGAUAUAUGGGAACACUGGAACAGGGGCAGUUUUAAUUGUGGAACAGGUUAAAAAUUUGGAACGGUCAGACCACGAAAACGGCACAUUUAUUUUGUCCGACAGAAUAGACUUAAACUCUCCGAACAGAGAUUAAACUCUCAUGCAAAAAAUCAGACUGCUAUUUAUCACCUGUCAUAAUUCCUGUCAUUUGACAUACAUAUUCUACAUGUUCCACUCAUUAAAACGCCCAUUUGGUGAUAAAUAGCAGUCUGAUUUUUGCAUGAGAGUUUAAUCUCUGUUCGGAGAGUUUAAGUCUGUUCUGUCGGACAAAAUACAUGUGCCGUUUUCGUGGUCUGACCGUUCCAAAUUUUUAACCUGUUCUACAAUUAAAACUUCCCCUGUUCCAGUGUUCCCAUAUAUCAAAGUUUGUCCGACUAGACACCCUUAAGCUGUUAACAAAUUUUCAGCUUGCUGUUAAUCAACUUUUUUUUCAUACGCGGGAUCCAGACCUAGUAGGUUAACUCAGACCUCUUGAGGGAAAGUGGACGUAUAUUAUUUAUUUUGCCAAUCUUUUGCUUGUACCUACCACUGUGCGUCUAGGUACCUAGUACUAGCAACAUUUGUAUUGUCUACCAUCAACUUUAUAUGCACACAUGUUUAUUUCUUCACUGCUUAAAACUAAAUAAAGUCGUUCAAGUACUUCUGUAACUAAAAACUACACAAAAUUUACAACAAAAUGUUCGGAAAAUACAACUAAAAAAACCGUUAACGGUAAAAAAACUUAAGAAACAUGGCAAUAUGGUUCAAAUAAUAUAAAACAAACACAAUUGUUUGACAGUUUGCCUCCCAAACGUCAAAGUCUUGCCCCAUUAUAAUCUUGACGUAUGUUAAAAGCGCCAUCUAUUGACAAUUUGUAAAAACUUAGGAAGUAGGUCUCGAUAAUAAAUUCAAUGACAGCGUGAGAUUCAUGUAUUUCACAAGUUGUUAACGCCAUUUUGGCUAGGCAUCGAUUUAUUUUCGAAUGUUUAAUAUGUCGGUGUAUUACGUUUUUUAGAGUGCUCAUGAGAUGCUGUGUAUUCUGAUGUCACUGUAACUGUUCUGAUGUAACAAUUGAAAUGUAAGAACUUUUUGGAACCAAUUUUAAUUGUACAAAAAAAGUCAACAGGAAAAUACAUAUUUUUUAUAACAAAACAACAA